CCUUUCUUCUGUUUCCUGAGUAAACGUCAGUUCCGCUGUAGGCACCUCUUCCCCGCAGCCUCGUGAAUCCGCUCUUUCUCUCUCCCUCGCCAUCAUGGGUCGCAUGCACGCUCCCGGUAAGGGCUUGUCCCAGUCAGCACUUCCAUACAGGCGCAGUGUCCCCACAUGGCUGAAGCUGACAUCGGAUGAUGUUAAAGAGCAGAUCUUUAAACUGGCCAAGAAGGGUCUGACCCCCUCACAGAUUGGUGUGAUCCUGAGGGAUUCUCAUGGUGUGGCCCAAGUGCGCUUCGUCACUGGCAACAAGAUCCUUAGGAUUCUGAAGUCCAAGGGCUUGGCCCCUGAUUUGCCUGAGGAUCUGUACCACCUCAUCAAGAAGGCCGUUGCUGUGAGGAAGCACUUGGAGAGGAACAGAAAGGACAAGGAUUCCAAGUUCCGUCUGAUUCUCAUUGAGAGCAGGAUCCACAGGCUUGCUCGCUACUACAAGACCAAGAGAGUGCUUGCCCCCAACUGGAAGUACGAAUCCUCCACAGCAUCUGCACUGGUGGCAUAAAUGUAAAGUUUUUGGACAAAAAUAAAGAAUAUUUGGAUGGACAA